CAGCAAAACCCGUCCGCCGCCCGCCACUGUUGUAUAAGUACCUCCAUCUCAUCAGCUUCGCCUCCAAGGCUCCAAGCCGGGAGGAAGAGGCGACCCGCCGUCCUCGAGGCCGCGACCGCCCGCGCGAACCCUAGCCGCCACUCCGAUCGCCCCCAUAAGGGUUUUUCACUAUAUGCUUCCGACGAAGAGAGCGGAGGGAGCUGAGGACAGUAGCGACGGGGUCGUGAAGAAGGGUCGGAUUGGGGAAUCGGUUGUGGGGGCGGAGGCGAUGGUGGCGGGGGAGGAGGUGGGCGGCGGCGGUAGCGGGAGCGGCAAUGGGAGCGGGGUGGCGGAGAUUGACGAGGACCUGCACAGCAGGCAGCUUGCCGUGUACGGAAGGGAGACAAUGCGGCGGCUGUUCGCGUCCAACGUGCUCAUCUCCGGCCUGAACGGGCUUGGGGCUGAGAUCGCAAAGAAUCUUGCUCUGGCUGGUGUUAAGUCUGUCACCCUACAUGAUGCGGGAAAUGUGGAAUUGUGGGACCUAUCAGGCAAUUUCUUUCUAUCUGAGGAUGACAUUGGGAAUAACAGGGCUGUUGCUUGUGUUGCAAAGCUUCAAGAACUUAACAAUGCUGUCGAUAUAUCUGCUUUAACAGAAGAAUUGGCCACCAAGCACCUUUCAAAGUUCCAGGCUGUUGUUUUCACUGACAUUAGUAUGGACAAGGCAUUUGAAUUCGAUGAUUAUUGUCGCAGCCACCAGCCUCCAAUUUGCUUUAUCAAAACAGAAGUCCGUGGUCUUUUUGGCAGUGUCUUUUGUGACUUUGGGCCUGAGUUCACUGUUCAUGAUAUCGAUGGUGAAGAUCCGCAUACUGGCAUAAUUGCAUCCAUCACCAAUGACAAUCCUGCAAUGGUGUACUCUGUUGAUGAUGAGCGCCUUGAUUUCCAGGAUGGUGAUCUUGUUGUUUUCUCAGAGGUCCAGGGAAUGACAGAACUGAAUGAUGGCAAGCCAAGGAGGAUAAUACGUUCAAGACCAUAUUCAUUUUGCAUUGAGGAGGAUACAAGUAAGUUUGGCAUUUAUGCAAAAGGUGGAAUUGUUACGCAGGUGAAAGAACAAAGUAUCUUACAAUUUAAGAGUUUGAGAGAUUCUAUUAGAGAACCUGGCAAUUUCCCUCUGAGUGAUUGCUUGAAGUUUGACCGCCCACCUCUGCUUCAUUUUGCAUUUCUAGCUUUGGAUAAAUUUAGGAAAGAGUUUGGACGUUUCCCUGCUGUUGGUUGUGGCCAGGAUGCCCAAAGGAUUGUGGAAUUCACUGCUUCUUUCAAUGAAGCCACAAUUGAUUACAAGAUAGAAGGUAAGCUUGACGAGAAGCUGCUGCGGCUUUUUGCAAGUGGUUCUAGAGCUGUCCUGAACCCAAUGGCUGCUAUUUUUGGUGGAAUUGUUGGUCAAGAAGUUGUGAAGGCAUGUUCUGGAAAAUUUCAUCCACUGUACCAGUUCUUGUACUUCGAUUCUCUUGAAUCUCUGCCAACCCAUCAAUUGGACCCUAAAGACUUGAAGCCAUUGAAUAGCCGCUAUGAUGCUCAGAUUUCUGUUUUUGGCUCUAAGCUUCAGAAAAAGCUGCGGGAUGCCAAUGUCUUUGUUGUGGGAUCUGGUGCUCUUGGAUGUGAAUUCUUGAAGAACCUAGCUUUAAUGGGAGUAUCUUGCAGCCGUAAAGGGAAACUAACUAUAACAGAUGAUGAUGUCAUUGAGAAAAGUAACUUGAGCCGCCAAUUUCUGUUUCGUGAUUGGAAUAUUGGACAGGCUAAAUCUACAGUUGCAGCUACAGCUGCUAGUGCUAUCAAUUCCUGCUUUCACAUUGAUGCUCUCCAGAAUCGCGCCUGUCCAGAGACUGAGCAUGUGUUCCAUGAUGCAUUCUGGGAGGGCCUUGAUGUUGUCAUUAAUGCACUUGAUAAUGUUAAUGCUAGGAUGUACAUGGACAUGAGAUGCUUGUACUUCCAGAAACCACUCUUGGAAUCUGGAACGUUGGGUACAAAAUGUAAUACACAAAUGGUAAUUCCUCACCUUACUGAAAAUUAUGGUGCUUCACGAGACCCUCCUGAGAAGCAGGCACCCAUGUGCACAGUCCAUUCAUUUCCGCACAAUAUUGACCAUUGUCUGACAUGGGCUCGCUCAGAGUUUGAGGGCCUGCUAGAUAAAACUCCAAAUGAAGUCAACUCUUUUCUGUCUAAUCCUACUCAAUAUGCUGCCACCAUGAAAAAGGCAGGUGAUGCUCAGGCCAGGGAAUUGCUUGAGCGUAUACGUGAAUGCCUCGAGGAGGAGCGCUGUGAAAGAUUUGAUGAUUGCAUAACCUGGGCAAGACUGAAAUUUGAAGAUUACUUCUCUAAUCGUGUGAAGCAGCUAACAUUCACAUUUCCUGAAGAUGCCGCCACUAGCACGGGAGCCCCUUUCUGGUCUGCUCCAAAGCGUUUCCCUCGCCCGCUGGAAUUUUCAGCUACUGAUGUAUCACACGUUCAGUUUAUAAUGGCUGCUUCCAUAUUGAGAGCAGUGUGUUUUGGAAUCGACAUACCUGACUGGGCAAAGAGCACUAGUAAUCUGAUUGAUGCAAUCAGUAAAGUUUACGUACCUGAAUUUAAGCCAAAGAGUGGGGUUAAGAUUCAGACAGAUGAGAAGGCCAAUAACAUCUCCAGUGCCUCAGUUGAUGAUGCUGUUGUUAUCGAAGAUCUUUUAACAAAGUUGGAAGCAUGUACCAAGAAACUACCUCCAGGAUUCCGAAUGAAACCUAUUCAUUUUGAGAAGGAUGAUGAUACAAAUUUCCACAUGGACUUAAUUGCUGGCCUUGCAAAUAUGCGCGCAAGGACCUACGGCAUCCAAGAGGUCGACAAGCUGAAGGCGAAAUUUAUUGCAGGAAGAAUCAUCCCGGCUAUUGCAACUUCAACAGCCAUGGCCACAGGACUUGUGUGCCUUGAGCUUUACAAGGUUCUGGCCGGUGGGCACCCAGUCGAAGACUACCACAACACAUUUGCUAACCUGGCAAUACCGAUGCUCACCAUAUCUGAACCUCUUCCACCUACUGUGAUCAAGCAUCAAGGUAUGAGGUGGACGGUAUGGGAUCGAUGGUCUAUCAAGGGUGACAUCACAGUUGCAGAGCUCCUGAAGUGGCUUAGUGACAAAGGCUUGAGUGCUUACAGUGUCUCCUACGGCACAUCGCUGCUGUACAACACAAUGUUCCCAAGGCACAAGGAUCGACUGGGCAGGAAGAUUGCGGAUGUGGCCAAGGAGGUGGCAAAGGUCGACGUCCCAGAAUACAGGAAGCAUCUGGAUGUCGUCGUUGCUUGUGAGGAUAACAAAGGGAACGACAUCGACAUUCCUCUUAUCUCCAUUUACUUCCGGUAGAUAGGUUGCUGCGUGUGAAAAAGGCCCAUGUGAAAAGACAUCUGUUUAUAUUUCCGCUCUCUUUAGGAAUCGGUAACGGAGUGAUCACUGGUGGAGUUGCUUGCUCUGGCGGUGCGUCUCCUUGCAGUUCUGUACGGGUGCUUGGGCCCUGCUGUUGCAUGCCAACUAUUUGCAGGUGUGCAAUGCGAUCUUUUGGAUAUGAAUAAAUGCUUCAUUUCUGCUCUAAUCCACAAAGCAGAAUUUGGUUGAA